GCCUGCUGGGAGCGGCGGGGCCCGCCCCCGGGCGGGGCGGUGAGCGGCGGGGCGGCGGCCGCCAUCUUACGCCGGGAGCCGGGCGCCGUUUCUCGCCUCGGGGGCGGCGGCGGACGCCGGGGGGCUGCGCCUCGAUGGACAACAUGUCAAGCCCGGGGAAGGAUAACUUCAGAAUGAAAAGCUACAAGAAUAAUGCACUUAAUCCUCAAGAAAUGCGCAGACGAAGAGAAGAGGAAGGAAUCCAGCUUCGGAAACAGAAAAGGGAAGAACAGUUGUUUAAACGUCGAAAUGUUUCUCUCCCGGGAAAUGAAGAAUCUAUGGUAGAAAGUCCAAUUCAGGAUCCUGAUGUCAGUUCUACUGUACCUAUUCCAGAGGAAGAAGUUAUUACAGUAGAUAUGGUGCAGAUGAUUUUCUCAGAUGAUCCUGAUCAGCAACUCACAGCAACUCAGAAAUUCAGAAAAUUGCUAUCUAAAGAACCUAAUCCACCCAUAGAUGAAGUCAUCCAAAAACCAGGAGUAGUACAGAGAUUUGUGAAGUUUCUAGAGAGGAAUGAGAAUUACACACUGCAGUUUGAAGCAGCUUGGGCUUUGACAAAUAUAGCUUCUGGAACUUUUCUACACACCAAAGUCGUAAUUGAAACUGGAGCUGUUCCAAUUUUUAUUAAGUUGCUUAGUUCAGAACAUGAAGAUGUCCAGGAGCAGGCAGUGUGGGCUCUUGGUAACAUUGCUGGUGAUAAUGCAGAAUGCAGAGACUUUGUUUUAAACUGUGGGAUAUUACCACCCCUCUUGGAACUGUUAACAAAUUCAAAUCGUCUUACAACAACUAGAAAUGCGGUCUGGGCUCUCUCAAAUCUCUGUAGAGGAAAGAAUCCACCUCCAGACUUCAGUAAGGUUGCUCCUUGCUUAAAUGUUUUAUCAAGACUGUUGUUUAGCAGUGACCCGGAUGUACUAGCAGAUGCUUGCUGGGCCCUCUCUUACCUUUCAGAUGGACCCAAUGAUAAAAUCCAAGCUGUUAUUGAUUCUGGAGUGUGUCGAAGAUUGGUAGAGUUGCUGAUGCAUAAUGAUUACAAGGUGGUAUCCCCUGCAUUAAGAGCAGUUGGAAAUAUUGUUACUGGAGAUGAUAUCCAAACACAGGUGAUUCUAAACUGCUCUGCGUUACCCUGUCUCUUGCACUUGCUUAGUAGUCCCAAGGAAUCUAUUCGGAAAGAAGCAUGCUGGACUGUUUCUAAUAUUACUGCAGGAAAUAGAGCUCAGAUUCAGGCUGUUAUAGAUGCAAAUAUUUUUCCAAUAUUGAUUGAAAUUCUUCAGAAAGCUGAAUUUCGCACCAGAAAAGAAGCAGCGUGGGCCAUAACUAAUGCAACAUCAGGAGGAACCCCUGAACAGAUUAGGUAUUUGGUAGCACUAGGUUGUACCAAGCCUCUUUGUGACCUCCUGACUGUGAUGGAUUCAAAAAUAGUACAGGUGGCUUUGAAUGGACUUGAAAAUAUUCUGCGUCUUGGAGAGCAGGAGUCUAAGCAAAAUGGAAUGGGCAUUAAUCCUUAUUGUGCCCUUAUAGAGGAAGCAUAUGGACUUGAUAAAAUUGAAUUUCUUCAGAGGCAUGAAAACCAAGAAAUCUACCAAAAGGCUUUUGAGCUCAUAGAGCAUUACUUUGGUGUUGAAGAAGAGGAUUCCAGUAUUGCACCUCAGGUGGAUGAAAGUCAACAGCAGUUUGUGUUCCAACAGCAGGAGGCUCCAAUGGAGGGAUUUCAGCUGUAAACUAUUAAAGUGAAGAGAAGCAUAAAAUGUAAACACUUGUAGGUUUUUGUUUAUUUGUUUUUUUUCUAGAGGUCUUUUCUUUAUGGCCAAAGUUAGAGAAGUUGAGUAUGUUUUGCAGAAAUAGAUGAGGAAAGCAGCUCAUGCACUUUUAUAUUUUGUUAGAUACAACUGUUCUUUGUUUUGUAUGUGUUUUUUUUCAUUCUCAUAUGUACAGAAAACAACUGUGAGUAAUGUCUAAAGUAAAGCAUUAAAUGUGAUUUAACAAGAACUGUUAAGCUAAGACUCGGUAGGAUUUUAGGCAGUGGUUCUGAAUUUUUCAUGUAGUCUCAAACUGCAUAUCAGCAAUACAGUUACUGACAGUUGCAUUUUUGGCAGUAGGCUUGACUUGCCCAGUCUAUCAGAUCUACCUCUUGUAUUGAAGCAAAAACUUUGCUUCAGAACUAAGGCAUGAAAUAAAGAUGAGCUUUUAAGAAGCUGAAUUGGAAUGUGAAAAAUAUUUAUUUAAAUUGUGAAACUUCAUACAUUAUUUACUUUACAACACACUGUUGGAAUUUAUUUAUAAAAUGUAUUUAAAGACAUAAUAGAUAUAUCUAUAAUGCUAAUUACGCAAUAUAACAAACAUAUUUCAGAAUCAUUUGGGAAGAGGACUGUUUCAGAGGUUUCCAAAUUGGAAUCAGCAGAGAGCUUGCUUGUCAUUUGAUGCUUGCUCUGUAACUAAAGCUGCUAAAUGGCAUUAGAAGUCAGCCACAAAUACAGUACUUUGCUGUGAAAGCAGUUGCUGUAGUUACCGCAAGAAUGCUGCAAUUAUGAAUGACAGAGAUGGUCAUUUGCAGAGUUGGAAAUACAAAGCAGAUGGUUUACAGCUGUCUCCUGCCAAACACCACUUUAGUUUGAGAAACGUUGCAAUGUUUGCCUUUCUAGUAACGGUAGCCUCUUAAAAGUCGAGACAGUAGGUGUUACGUUUUUGACCAAAUAGGGCUACUGCCAUUUGAAUUGUUCUUUCAGUUAGCUAACUCGGUUUUCUUUUGGUAAGAAUAGAAAUACUGCAGUGAAGAAUGAACAGAGAAUCACUCCAGCUGAAUGAAAAUUUGUUGUACUGUAAAUAGCAUUAGGUAUGUGGACACCAAAACUAACUAGAAGUUACUGUAUUCUAAAUAUUUAGGCUCUACAAUACACAGUGUUUGCUGUUUAAACACUAAAAGAAACAAAAUUCUAAUAUCCACAUCAACAGUUUUGAAUACAGAAAAACGUAUGCUGUGCUUGGACUUGCAUAUAGUGUUUCUGGAAUAUUAGUAGUAUGUCUCAUUUGAAGAAAUUAAUUCUUUGGGUUAACUAAAGUAUGUUUCUUUACCUGUAAUUAAUGUAUUAACAUCGAACUCCUGGGUUAAGUGAAAUCUUUGGCAUAUGGCAGCAUUUCAUAUUUCAUAAAAAGCUGCAGUUCAAACACCAAAUUACUUAUCCCACGGCACUGUGCUUGUCACUAAUCAGUAUCUUAAUGCACUGAAAAAUACAGGUUCAAGGUGGUAUCAUUUACCAUACCAUUUUAUAUUUAGAAUUUUUGUAUGUGCAAGUUAAGAUUCUAAGAUGUUUCACUUUGAUGUUACAGCAAUAUAUACUAUAUUGUAUUUGAAUGUGGGACUUGAAGUGGAUUUUUUACGAUUAAUGGUCAGUUUUGACUAAGCUGUAACUGGCAGGAAAGAAACCUCUUUUUGAAGUCUUUUUACUGGAAUUUAGAGGUGUAAGAAGAGUGUAUAUAAGGAGUGCUGUUACUUUACAAACUCUGGAUAAUGAGAUAUUUUAGCAAAUGACACUUUAAACCUAGAUUUGUACAGCAUACAACAAUUUUGAGUAGUGUAAUAAUACUGAGUACAGCUGCCAAAUUUUCAGAUGUUAGAUGAUUGUAUUUGUGCCCUUUUUACUCUUAGAGUUUUAGGAUUUCAUAUACUGAUCUUCCUUCCCCCCAUUGGUUCAAAGUACAGGGUAGUGAUCAUGGAAGUCUACCAGGAUUACUAGUAAGUGCUAAAUUCCAAUGUUCUUCUAGUGUUUAAAAAAAUUAUUCAGGUAACAGGGUAUUCCAUUGUGUCUAACAAACUUGUUUUGAUAAUGUUACAUAACCAGCUGUGCCUGCUUUUAUUUGGAGGACCCUGUAAACAUUACAUUUAUAAGCCCCUCUAACUUAAACCAAAUCUGACCUAUAAAGAUCUUGAUUAAAAGACUUGAAAAUUUAAGGAGGGGAUAUAUAAAGUAUUAUAUUUGUUUUGAAAGAAUGUCUUCGGUCUUGUGGAUAUAUUAAUCUGUGAACAGUUAGUGACUGCACUUUAUGCAUUUAGAAAAAUAUAUUUCAUGCCUCUGAUAUAUUUAAGUGUAAUAGUUUAAAAGGGAACUAAAAUUGAUGGACUUUGGCUAAUAAAACCAUAAAUUAAACUCAACACUUUCUUUACCCUGAAGUUAAAAAAAAAUAUAUAUAUAUAUAUAUAUAUCAUUAGUUAUUCUUUAAACUAUAAAAUACAAGAUGGCCUUUCCUGUUUUAUCAUUGGAUUUAUUUCAUGUUUUGUUUAAAAGCACAUUAAUUAACACUAUAAAGCCAGAGAUGACGUCUUACGGACAGCUCUGGUGUAAUCAUUUGCACGUAGGGGUGUGAACAUGAUAACGUUGCCUAAGCAGAUGAAAACAGGGGAGGCAGGGGAGUAUUUUGGCAUUUUAUGAUGUACUGAAGUGCCCCGUUAUUUACAAAGUCUGUUUCAAAAUCCAGGGUUUUGGCUUGGGGGGUCUUGGUAUUAAAAGGGUACCACUUGUUCUGCUUAAAUGUGAAUACCAGCUAGCUAAUCUAUGCAACUAUGCAAAGCAUAAGAUUUUUUUUUUUCAGUUCCCUACUCUUGAUACACUGAAUCAUAUCUAAUUUCUUCAUCAUUGCACUUUUGUCUGAGGACUGGUUCAUAAAGCUUUUUAAUUUUCUAGUAUUUGCUUUAAACACUGUUGCUAGCAGCAAUCAGAACAUAGUAAUAAUGUUGGCACAAAAAUAAGUUAGCUGUAGAACAAGUUUGCAACUGGAAAAUAUUUAUUGUCGGGUCUGUCUUUUAAAAAAAAAAAAAAAGAUGCACUAUUGUCUUUCCUCUAUGAUUAUUCCUCAGUUGGUUUAAAGUUACGAAAUUUUACAACUGAGGAUUUUUGUAAUAGGUCUCCCAAUUGAUAUGUAAAUCUUAACUUUGACCUCAAGAGUUCGCUGAAAUUUCAAAUGAGAUAUUUCAGUUACUUACAGCACAAGAUCUUCGUAUAAUGUGUAGAAACCGAAAUACCUGUAUUAACUUUAGAUAGUAAUAGUGCAUCUUUUAAAUUCAGGCCAAAGGCCCAUUACUGUAACAAAACACAUACGAGUAGUAUGCAAUAUUAUGGAAUGUUAAAUCUCCAAAUACCAUACAGAAAACAAUAAAACCUAUUUUGCAGAA